AUGUCAAGACGACUCAUUUCGUUACUGCUGCCAGGUCUAAUCACUCAAAUCGGGGCGCAGAAUGUUGAUAAAGAACCCGACACUGUCUGUGUAACAUACUUAUCAACUUAUCUUGUCCCUAUUUCAUCGAACGCGACAGGUUCUGUGCCAGCAGAUGGAGCGGACAGCUUAUCGCAGACCUUCGAUGCUACCUCGGCAGCUUCUACGACAUUUGAGUCCGGGAUUGGUUCAUCUCUCGACCUGACUGAGACUCUUCAGCCCUCCCAGUCCCUUUCCGACGACGCCAAUCAAUUUAUCACAACCUCGGCCACGACCGGUACAAAUACUGCGGAUUCCGCUCCCACCACACCGCCCGGGUCUAACGAUCAGCUCGUUGUCUUCCGCAUCGUCCCACAUAAUGAUAACUCCAGGCGAGGCCGUUUCAAGAGAGAGCCUGGGGGUUUUGUAGGCUCUGCGUCAGAGAUAUGCCAAGACGCUUCUGCGUUCAGUCUCUCGGGGGGUCGCCUUCUUGAUAGCGGGAGACCUAUUUAUUACAAUGGCAAAGACUUCAAGGAACUACGCGGCCAACAGGGUACAUUACCUCGUGGGGCUGUUGCUACUACAUUUGCCGGAGAUGGUGGAUCUCUUCGAUUUCGCAGCCGUGACCUGCCAAACGGCGAAGCAGGCUUUUGUCAGAGCCCGGGAACUGGUCAGGUAUACAUUACCUUUACACCAUCACCACCAGGGUGCGUACCGGUUAGACUAUCUUUCGUUGGAGUCACAUCCGCUCCCUUCAGUACAGCCAUUCCUGCUGUUUCUGAUGGUCCAUCCCAAGUCACGUCGCUCGUAGACUUUACGACUUUUCUUCCUCCGUCUCUGGAACCUACACAGACACGACCUGCCCAAACAAGUUCUUUUCGCUUUUCUAAUACUUCAUCGAUCGCGUUCCCUACAGUACCAAUUGAGACGUCCGACGAUCUUUCUUUUACAAACAUUCCUGGUGUUACAUUCGCACCAUCAGAUGAAGCAACGACAGUUGAUGUCUUGCCAACUGACGCUUUAUCUACAGAAUCACAAUUUACCUCUGAUGACGCAAGAUCCAGCGUUCCAGAGGCUACAACGUCGACAGUACCAGCCACAGACACUGCUAGCCUUGAACCUAGUGUCAGCUCUUCCGAUACUGGUAUUACCGUCGACACUGAGGCCUCCAGCACAACGUCAACGUUGGAAUCUGCGAGCACUUCAGACAUAACAACCGACAUCUCUACAACAACCACAGCUGCAGUGACCACUACAACUACUAGUCCACCAUCUCGUGUGUGCGAGUCAUACCUCAUCAACCCAACAGUACUAUUCAGCGGUGACCAAGACAGUGACGAUGGUGUCGAGGAAAUUACACUUCCAUUCCCAGUGGGAAUAUACACCGAGUCCAGCGAAACCAUCUACGUUGGUGUUAAUGGACUGAUAAGCUUGUUCGACAACUCCAUCGCACAAUCCUCCAACAACCCAUUUCCGGACAAUGGCUUACCAUCAGUAGCCAUCGCGGCUUACUGGGACAACUUGCGCGUUGAAGCUAAUUCCGGUUACGAAAUCACGUACAACGUUUACGAUGAUCCUGACUUUCGCGCGGUUAAUAUCGACUGGUGUGUUGUGGGUGACGAUGAUGUCGUCACUCACUUUAUGGUCAUAUUGCAGGCUUACGAUCUUUCAAACCCUGCCUCAGCUUUCAUGCGUUACUUCCAGUCGAAUGCAGGUAAAUCAGCCACUAUAGCUGUGCAGAAUCUUGUUGAAACAAAAUCCCAGCAAUACUCUUAUAAUAUGGAAGGCGCAGUGCCAGAUGGAUGUACUGUUCUCUUCUUCACUAUAGGAGGUGAUGAAAGAGUUGUUUAUAUCAACAUCGCCUGA